AUGAAGCAUGUUGCUAAUGGAGCAGCUGCCAUCGUGGAGCCUUUCAAGGAGGCUGCCUUGAAUUAUGCCAAAAUGAUAAGCUUGUGGCUUGGAGGCUGCCGGGACUUGUCCCAAGGCCCCAGCUACAACAGAUCUAGGAUCCAAAAGGUUAUCUUGAAAGGACAGCGGCCCCGCCGACCCACGGCCCACGACCCACGGCCCACGACCCACCGACCCACCCACCCACGAAUCGGCCUGGCCCUUGCGUUCACCAUAUCUGGCUCCUCCAGCUUCGCCGCUAUGAAGAAAGUGGUUCAACAGCUCCAGCUGGAGGCCGGGCUCAACAGCGUAAAAGUUUCCCAGGCAGCUGCAGACUUGAAACAAUUCUGUCUGCAGAAUGCUCAACAUGACCCUCUGCUGACUGGAGUAUCUUCAAGUACAAAUCCCUUCAGACCCCAGAAAGUCUGUUCCUUUUUGUAGUAAAAUGAAUCUUUCAAAGGUUUCCCAAACCACUUCUUAUGAUCCAGUGAAUAUUUAAGAGAGACACUUUUGAAGCCUGUACAAAAACUUGUCCUUGUAACACAUGUGCCAUAAUAUACAAAAUUCUACUUUUGUCAGUCUUUAACAUCUACCUCUGAAUUUUCAUGAAUUUCUAUUUCACAAGGGUAAUUGUUUUAUAUACAUUGGCAGCAGCAUACAAUAAAACUUAGU